AUGGUCCUUUUCAUUUUAAAGGACCUUCCUCCCAAGUCCCGCCUCCCCUCGCACCCCUCCCUCCCCUCCUCCUCCUCCUCCUCCUCCACCUCCUCUGGCCCCUCCUCGCGUCACGGCAUCAGAACCCAGUCCUCUCGCUCUCGCACUUCCAACCUCCCCACCACCACCACCACCACCACCACCACCACCACCACCACCUCCGCCACCGCCCCUCAUCCAGCAUCCAUCUUCUCUUCUCUCGCCCCUGGCCGCCCCUUGCUCACCUCGCCUCUCGACCCAGCCGCAGCAGCGGCAGCUUUUCUUCUCCCCGCUGCUCCCGCCGCUGCCGCUGGCUCUGCUGCUGGUAGUGGUGGCCAUGGUAGCAGUGGUAGCCGUGGUGGGGUUGGUGAUGGGGUUGGUGGUGGGGGUGGGGGUGGCAAUGCUGGUGGUUGUGGCAGAUCGAGUGGGGUGGGGGGAGGAGCGGUGGGGGGUGUUGGGGGAAGGGGAGAGGGGACUCCUGUGGGAGGAGGACGAGGAGGAGAAGGAAGAGGAGGAGAAGGAAGAGGAGGAGAAGAACGAGGAGGAGCAGGAGGAGCAGGGGACGGUGCAGAGGGUGCAGCACGGGAGAGAAGCAAGAUGAAGAAACCAUCCAGACUUCGCAUGGCCAGCUAA